GCCGAUAGGGGGAGAUGGAGACCAUUUCACAAGCUCAAGGGAACCCUGCGGGUUUGGACUGGGGGAGCCCAAGACCUCGAAUUCUGCCUGUGCUUCUGCGGGGUUUAAUUCCUUACACCUCUCUGCCAUUUGACUCUGGGGGAACUCUUUCAGGUCUACUUCCUUCCUUCUCAUGGAAUCUUGAGUGAGUGCCGCCGUGCUCCCCAGAGGCUCUCUGGGGUCCAGUCUCCUCGUGAUAUCACUGAAGAAACUGAGGCCUAGAAAAGAAAAAAAAAAAAAAUCCUUGCCUGCAGUUCUCCGGCAAGUCCCGGCUGAGCCCCCUGCUUUCUGCCUAGCACGACACUAAGUCUACCCUGGCAUUAGCCAGGCGGAGGAGCAGGUUGGGGAGCGGCCGUGGGAGGAGGGAGGAGAGGUAGGAGGAGGAAGGAGAGGAGGGCGCUCCCCCACCAGAUGUGCCGGCAGCCAGCAGGGGCUGCUGAGGGGCGGCUGCCUUUGUGCUUGCUCCUCCACGCUGUAUGGCAUCACCAGCGAGGGCAUGGGGGCUCACCAGCCGGCAGCGGGACGCGGGACCAGACGGGCCACCCAGGCCCUUCCAGAUCAGAGCUCUAGGCAUCUCUGGGCUUCUCUUUAACCCAGCGGCCUAGGUGCCUCGGGGACCGCGAAGCUGAGCUGAGCCAGGAUGCUGCCAGAGCCUCUGCAAAGGGUCUGGUUUCUGGAGACUUGGAGUUGGCUGUGAAAAAGCCCUUGGGGGUUUUCCCCUCCCAGGCAGGGACGCUCUUGGCUCCUGUGAAGAAGGGGCUCAGGGGCCUGGGCAGGGCCAGCUGCGCUGCAGCUAUGGACCGUGAGCUGGCCUGGCCCGCGUCCUUGCUGACCCUGCCUGUCUGCGGCCAUGCCCACCAUGGGCUUCUGGGUGUACAUCACAGUGGAGCUGGCCAUCGCCGUGCUGGCCAUCCUGGGCAACGUGCUGGUGUGCUGGGCCGUGUGGCUGAACAGCAACCUGCAGAACGUCACCAACUACUUUGUGGUGUCCCUGGCGGCCGCCGACAUUGCUGUGGGAGUCCUCGCCAUCCCCUUCGCCAUCACCAUCAGCACGGGGUUCUGCGCUGCCUGCCACAGCUGCCUCUUCUUCGCCUGCUUUGUCCUGGUCCUCACGCAGAGCUCCAUCUUCAGCCUCCUGGCCAUCGCCAUUGACCGCUACAUCGCCAUCCGCAUCCCACUCCGGUACAAUGGCUUGGUGACUGGCACAAGGGCCAAGGGCAUCAUUGCGGUCUGCUGGGUGCUGUCGUUUGCCAUUGGCUUGACUCCCAUGCUGGGCUGGAACAACUGUGGUCAGCCAAAGGCGGGCCAGAACCAGUCAGAGGUCUGCGGGGAGGGCCAGGUGACCUGUCUCUUCGAGGACGUGGUACCCAUGAACUACAUGGUGUACUACAACUUCUUUGCCUGUGUCCUGGUGCCCCUGCUGCUCAUGCUGGGCGUGUACCUGCGGAUCUUCUUGGCGGCCCGGCGGCAGCUGAAGCAGAUGGAGAGCCAGCCUCUGCCGGGGGAGCGGGCUCGGUCCACGUUGCAGAAGGAGGUCCACGCAGCCAAGUCGCUGGCCAUCAUUGUGGGGCUCUUCGCCCUCUGCUGGCUGCCUUUGCACAUCAUCAACUGCUUCACCUUCUUCUGCCCCGAGUGCAGCCACGCCCCGCCUGAGCUCAUGUACCUGACCAUCAUCCUCUCCCACACCAACUCUGUCGUCAACCCCUUCAUCUAUGCCUACCGCAUCCGGGAGUUCCGCCAGACCUUCCGCAAGAUCAUUCGCAGCCACAUCCUCAGGCGGCGGGAGCCCUUCAAGGCGGGUGGCCCCAGUGCCCGGGCCUUGGCAGCCCACGGUGGUGACGGAGAGCAGAUCAGCCUCCGCCUCAACGGCCAUCCUCCCGGGGUGUGGGCCAAUGGCAGCGCCCCCCAGCCUGAGCGGCGGCCCAACGGCUACACCCUGGGGCUGGUGAGUGGAGGGAGUGCCCAUGAGGCCCAUGGGGACAUGGGGCUCCCUGAUGUGGAGCUCCUCAGCCACGAGCUCAAGGGAGCAUGCCCAGAGUCCCCCGGCCUCGAGGGUCCCCUGGCCCAGGAUGGAGCGGGCGUGUCCUGACGAUCCACUGAGUUUGCCCCUUCCUACAGGAGGGAGAUCUUUCUCUUUGGUGGAUGGAACCAGUCACGUUGGGAGAAGAGUGAAUGGGCCUGGAGACCCUUAUCAUGGCCAGCUCCCACUUUGGACUGAGAGGCGAGAGCCCCGGCUGGAGCAGCAUGAGGCCCAGCAGGAAGGGCCUGGAGUCCGAGGGAGUGGACGUUUCUUGGUGGGAGGCCCUGCUUCAGGUCAGGGCCACAGCACCAGACCAUCUUGGCUGGGCAGGCCUGGUACCCCACUCUGGAAGCAUCUAGAAGCACCACCCCGACUUGGCAGAAGAUCUGUGGCAGAGCAGGCUGGCUGGCCUGAGGCUGGGGCAAGGGGGUGGGGGAGUAUGGCUCCAACAGGCCUCCGACCACACAAACAGACCACCCUCCCCAGGCUUCCCGAGGGUUCAGGUGCUGCUGUGCCCAGAGGUGGCGUUUUUCUUUUGUUGUUUUUCCAAGAGAAAAUGUUAAGUGUGAAGAAUACCUUUUUUUUUUUUUUUUUUUUUUUUAAUUAUCUUCCUUCCCUGGUUGCUGGGUUUGAUGUCAGUCCUGCUGCUAGCCUGUCUCCAGCAGUAGCCCAGGGAGUCCCAGGCAGCCCUCUCUGGUUACCAAGAGCUGCCGUGCACUUCUUACACACUCCGUCCCAGCGGCAUCUUCUGGGGCCACCAAGCUGGGCUCGAGGACAGGAGGUGUCAUGGACUGCUGCCGGACUGUGGGCUCCGGGGAGGGGGUUGGGACGGGCCCACUGCGCAGGGUGCCUGGGCAGCUCGGAGCUGCCUAGCCAGAGGCCCUGUCCAACGGCCUUUCUGUCUGAAGGGAAUGUUUUCUUUUUUUUCUGAGAUAAAAUAAAAAUGAGCCAUUUGUGUUUGAAACUUGUCCAGUGAAAAUGGUGUCUGAGU